UAAUAUCGGCACCUAGCUUGAUCACUUUUCUAGUAGUAGACAAUCUUUGGGUACGAGAUGAACUUCCUCGUAACUAUCGUCGUGGUAGUCACUGGAAUUGAAGGAGGUAAGAGAUCAAUUUCUGGUUUUUUCGAAAUUUCUGACAUUAUCACGGCGCGGCCGCUACCUUAUGUGCUCUCUACCAAGGAUGAGUUGAAUACAUAUUUAUAUUUUUAAUAUUUAUUUAUUGUAUUAAUUUAACUAGAAAGAUCCGAGACCUGAUAACAUUUCUGUAGCUCCAAUAAUCAAACACAGUAGGCCCUCAAAUGGGGUUCAUGUUCACUGAUCUUCAUCGACAUCAUUCUGGUCUUAAAAAGUCUAGUUUUCAUGAAUGCUUUUGCUUUCCCCAGUGCUUUUUUAACCUCCUGAUUUGAGUUUACACGCAAAUAAUUGUCAUGAUGAGUGUCAUUUACGACAUCCGGCGGUAGUUUAUUUGUCGGAUGCCAGCGAACGUAAAAAGCUGGCAAGCGUGAGGUAACUUUAAUAUCGCGGAAACCAAUGUUGCAAUUCCAUUUUAAAAACAAACUUCUAUAAUUAAACCGACCGGCUACCUUAAGCUCAAUAUAAGAGAGGUAUAUUGACUCAGCAUAUAGAAUUGAAAUAGAGGGCCGGUUGACUUAUGAAAAUGCGAUGUUAGCAGGGAUGUAACACGGAAGCAUGUCAGCCUUUAAGUCCCAGUCUAGAAACAACUUGAUGACAAAAUAAAUUGGGCACAAGAAGAAAUCUAAAGCGAGAUCUCUUCGUCAGUGCUUCCUUUGUCACAAUGCAUCUCAGAGAAGUAAUUUGGGUGGGGGGAGGUAAUGCAAUUCAUAGACAAGGCUUUAAAGCUCUUGCGAGAAGAGAAUUGUUUCAGUAAACCAUCGGACGCCCACGUUCUUCAGGGAAAAAAGGAAACUUCUGAAUUUGGUCAUUUGACGAUGCUGCUGUAGGUGUGCCAGAAAAUGUAUUAAAAAAACCCGCAUGUAAUCGAUUAGGUAUUUUUUAAUUCGCUUGGCGUUAUUUGGGAUGGAUUUAUUUCCAGCAUGGGCCUUUGCCCUUUAGAUUUGUUUGUUGUUUUAAACGACGGCUACAUGCGUGCACUGUAAAUAAAUCCACCCCUUGUUUUUUUAGCUUUUACCUGCCACAGUGUGGCUUAGAGGGCUAACAUCCCCAGGGUAACAAAAUAAUCAUAGCGCAAGUUGAAUCAUUAAAAACCGAAAUGUCUCAAAGAAGCAGAAAUCGUGGCGUUUUGAAUAAUUACAAAAAAUAAGUUGCAAUGACGUCGGGGUAAACUGGUUAAUUUUUUAGCCUAAACCUGUAAUUUGCCUUAAAAAGUGAGUUACUGCAAAGUGAAAUCGUCAUCUGUGAAACAUCAGAUUGACUAGAAUACAUAUUACAAGUGCUACCCAGUGCAAGUUGUGGGCGGAUUCAAUCAAGUUGUACUCAGCCCAAAGUAAAGUUCACCUCCAAAACUAUGUCGAACUAUGGCUAUUCACAAUCUCGUCAACAUUCUCAGAGAAAAAAAAUUGGAAGCAUACCUUUUACCCUUUAGAUAAAAAAGGAAAGAAGAUUUUCCAAAAUUUUACCCAGUACAUGCAUUUUAAGUUUAUACGAACAAGGUGAAUUUCUGACGACUGUCAAGGCAAAAAUCUUUGAAUCAGGUGUAAGCGAGGUUUGCAAUGACAUCAAGUUUUUAAAUCAUUUUGUAUUGAUGAGACUAUUUUGUGGAACAAGAUGCAACGCUUACAAUCAUGUUGCCUAGGCAUAGAAAUAAACAGAGUUCAUGAAGUCUUGUACUAUAAUCAGGAUGCUAGUAAUUAAGAACCUGUGGGCUAAAUGUUUUUCGGAAAGUAAAAAAAAAAAAAAUUGGGAAAUUAGAGUAGCGUGUGUGUGUUUCUUACUCUGCUAGCAGAGUCGCUUCGAUCUUUUCCAGAUAAGUCAGGAAAGAGGAAGCGAAGAGGCCGACUUAUCUAGGAAGAUCGAAGGAGACUCUGUUCGCAGGGUAUGUGUUUCUUUACUCACUGUGCAGUACGUCGUAGUUUCCUAGUUUUAAGCAUUUCCCAUACAUGAGAGAGGAGGCAAAAGUCUUUUUAGACUAGCAUCAAACACCUUUAGGUUUCCACUAAGGGAAAUGUGGACCAUCUUUGAUAAAAUACAUAGCCUGAAUUCAGAGUAGAUAGCACAAAAAGUCAGUUAUUUCCCGUUUUUAGCCGACUACGCGGAUUAAACUCUAUUACAAGCUAUUCAUAUUCGUAUACGAUUGUCAGUUUUCAAAACAAGUUACUAAUUGAAACUGUUUUAUCUAAUGACGAAAGACUUUAUUUCUUACCUCUUAUUUCUGUAAGAAAAAUUACUAUAAAUAAUUUCUUUUUGAAACGCGUAAUGCUCGCACAAUACACUAUAACGAUGCGCGAUAUUAAGAAGUCCACACUGUAAUGGCAAAAAGCACUUUGACUUGGUUCGAUUCUUAGAGUAAAUUGUAAGAAACUUAGACUGUUUUAAAGCGAAAAAGUUAUUCUGAUUUUAUUUUAAAAACACGCACUGCAGAAAUACUCACUGAUUGCCGGAUUUUAUGGAAGCAUGCAUUGGAACACGCAAUGUACCCUUUCCCUGCCAGUCUGCCAAUUGCAAUCACAAAUUGGGAUUGACAGGCUCGCAUUCUGAUCCGGUGAAGUAAAACUGUUUUCUUAUAUCUCAGCAGGAGGCCUUCAAUUAUCAGUUAUGGUCAUCGAUAUCUUUACCGGUUAAUUUGUUUUUCACAGCGUUCUUAAAUUUGCCUUAUAGCAUGUUUUUCUGGUGAUAUCUGUCUGAACAAAUGCAAGGUAAUCACUAAACCGGUCCAUUCCUAAUAUUGUGCCAUUUUGUGCCGGGGGUCGUUUGCAGUCCUGAUAAAGGUGACAAAACAAAGUUUUAAAAAGUGAUUUUGCUCCCACAUAAACAUUAUCGUGAUCCAGUCCUAAAACUCGCCACUCACAUUAGUCUUAUUUACAUGAAAAGACUUGGAUCGAGCUUGGAGGUGAAUGUUGCAACACUCUUCUCCAAGUGACAGUACAAUUUUUUGUAUUACAAGAGUAGAGUAGCUUUAGUAGGAGCUUCAACAUCCCGAAACAGUCCUGCAAGCAACGCUACGAGUCCUCCAAAACAGACUUUACCUGUUAAGGACGAAGUGAAAGAGCAAGCGACGUAUUCAUGAUAUUAGCACGGGGUCAAUGUCUUGAAGGCAUACUAAAUCCCCUUUUAUAUACUUAACGAAGGCUAAAAUACGUUUUGUGGAAAGCGUGCAUAAGUCAGGCUUGUCAACUUUUUCAAAGUAUUUUCAAUUGUACCACACAAUCUUUGAAUUAGAAUAUUGGAAUACUAUGAAUUCACUUUAAAAAUCGGCUGAUCAACAAAAAAGUGCACCUGUGUAGCCUGUGGGAAAGGGGGGGUGUGCGAGCGCACCCGUCUCCCCCCCUUCCUACGGGCCUGCAAUGCAUAAAGGUAAAUUUCCUAAUCCUGGACCGAUCCCCGGCGCACCUGCUUAAUCUCAACAUACGAGAUGUUAAAUAGAUUAAAAAGGACCUGGAAAAGACUGGCAUUUCAAAACACAGGUGAAAAAUUAAUUGUAAGAAGUGGAUAAAUGAUCAUAAAUGAGGCUUUGAUGCUACAAAGGUGUAAAGAAACAGGUGUUUGACUGCAUUAACGUCAUUGAUGUCAUCUUUGUUCAUUGCAGUAUUUGCCGUAAGCUGCUACACAUGUCAGCCCAGCUACGCCAACAUGGCAGUUUCCCUAAGCAAGGGGAAUUUGAGUGGCUUAGACCUUUGCAAUAACCCCACUGAUAGUUUAGACUGUUGCCGGGAUCCAGAUAUGGCGGGUCACGCUGACUCCUGCUACAAAGCUAGCGUUACGUUUAAGGUCAACAUGUCACACAUAAAUAUGACAAAUAUUGACCAGUUCACGUACCACAUUCUGGACUGCGCAGUAAAAUCAAAGUGCAGUCAGCUAAAGAAUCUCAUCUGCAGAACGACUUCAAUACAAAGAAUGUUUCCAGACUUCAAGCUUUCGCAAUGUGAUGUGAGUUGCUGUGAGGAGGGUCUCUGUAAUAAUCCCUCGGGACCUUCGCCACCUGCAAAUCCCUUGACAACAUCUGUGAAGAGGCGCUGUAAGAAUCCGUUGGCACUUCAAGGAAUAAGUUCCUCGGAUUCGUACUUGUUAAGCACUCUAACCUCAGCGAAAGGCGCUUCCCUCCGUAUCAUUCUGAGUUUGACUGCAAUGACCUACAUGAACUUCGUUUGA